AUGAGCACCAUCAGUAAUUCAGUCUUCAGCCAGGUCCUACUGGAGGGAAAGUUGUGUGACGUUGUGAUCAAUGUCAGUAACGUGGAGUUUCAAGCCCACAGGAUCAUCCUCUGUGGCUGCAGCUCGUUCUUCAGAAAUCUCUUCUGCACAACACCAUCAGAGGUCUACAGUUUCCCCGAUGUAUCACCCAAUAUAAUGAGCCUAAUUAUGGAGUAUGCCUAUAACGGCUCUGUUGGGGUGACGGAGGAGAACGUACUCGGGCUUUUGGCGGCAGCACACCGCUUCGCCAUCCACGGCAUCUUAAAUGUCAGCUCUGACUUUCUAGAGCAGAAGCUUAGUGUCAAGAAUUGCAUCGGCACGUGGAAGUCAGCCGAGCUCUACAACUGUCUUGAGCUACGGAAAAAGGCCAACCUCUACAUCCUGCAUCACUUUGAGGAGGUGGCAGGAUCUUCUGAGGAGUUCCUGCAGCUCUCCGUGCAGCAGCUGGCGGGUUUGAUCGAGAAGGAUGAGCUCAAUGUGAGACAGGAGAGUACUGUGUUCGAGGCCGUCCUCCGAUGGAUCGAUUAUAAGCCUGAGGAGCGCAAAGGUCACAUGGCCGUGCUGCUGAGCAAGGUCCGCCUGCUCGUAAUGUCCGUCAGCUACUUGGUCGACACCGUGUGCAAGAACAAUCUGGUGAGAAUGAGUAUGCCGUGUGUGACCAUGGUAAGCAACGCCAUGAAGACCUUACAUGAGUCCAACAUGGAGAAACCUCUGACCUGCACACGCCUGCCUCACACUGUACUAUUAACUAUUGGAGGUUGGGUGAAGGAUUGUCCAACCGAAAGCGUUGAGAUAUACGACGUCCGAGCUGACCGCUGGGUGACGCUGUCCAACAACGGGAAGACUCCUCGAGCGUUCCACGGUUGCGUUUACCUCAACGGAUUCGUCUACUGUAUCGGAGGGUUCGACAAUUUCAGCUUUUUAAGAAGCGUACGAAGGCUCAACCUCUUCACCCGAACCUGGCAAGAGGUGGGGCCGAUGAACACAAUCCGAUGCUACGUCAGCGUGGCGGUGCUGAACGGCUGCAUCUACGCCAUGGGAGGUUACGACCGAUUCGGACAACUCAACAGCGUAGAGCGAUACCAGCCUAACGCCAACCAGUGGACUAUGAUCGCGCCAAUGAAUGACCAAAGGAGCAACGCCAAUGCCACAACGCUACACGGCAAGAUAUACAUCUGCGGUGGUUUCAAUGGUGAGGAGCUUCUGUCAUCCGCAGAGUGCUACAAUCCUCAGAGCAACCAAUGGACGAUGAUCGCCAACAUGGGAAGUGGACUGAACGGGGCGGCCGUCAUCGCCUACAAAGACCUCAUCUACGUAGUCGGCGGCUUCAACGGCACCACCUGUGUGAACACCGUCAUCGCCUACGACCCGGUAUCGCACAGGUGGCGCCCGGUCCCUCCCAUGAUAGGUUCACGCAGCAACUUUGGCAUCGCGGUGUUGGAGGAUGAGCUGUACGCAGUCGGAGGCUUCGAGAAUCUCGGCGCCUCCCACGAGGUGGAGCGCUACGACGGAAACAGCUGGAAAAGCGUCCAGAGGUUGAACAUCCCCUGCAGCACGCCCAGCUGCUGCGUGGUGGAGAGAAACCCGUACUUUUCCACAACUAUCAACUAUCAAAUCAAUUUUACGAAGAUAUAA